AUGUUCGACUAUCCGUGGACAACUUCAACGACACCAUCGCAAGAAUUUGGGGCAACGCUGGCAAAACACGCCUUGGACAUUGCAUUUGUUUUGCAGCUUUUCGUUUACAUCGCCGAGCAUGUUCGCCAGCAUGGCGUGAGCCUUGGAUCAUUACAAAGUCAAUACGCAAGUAUUUGCACGGCCCGACUCCCUACAAGCGCUCCCGUCGAAAUACCGGCAAAUGCUACGAUGGAGCAGCUUGGCCACAUCGACCAAAUGACGCAGCACCACAUAGAGCAGCGCGAAAACGUCAUCAGGGGGGAAGCUGAAGCUUACCGCUGCGUGCGCAUUCGGAUUGGAUCGCUGGCCAGCGCGCCACUUGACUGUUUUUUUGCGUCAGUGACCUCAGAAACAUUCUCGGCCUACCACCGUACCCCUUGA